GUUCCGACGUCACAGCACGGGGCCGGGGCUCGCUGAGGGGUUGGGACUGAGCGGAGCAGCCUGCUGCUCGGACUCGCUGCAGCGGACGGUACGGGAGAGGCGGGCGGAGGCAUGGACAUCCACGCAUGGCUCUGUCUGCUUUCACAGUAACGUUAUCAAAGCGUACGGAUAUUGACUGAACUGUUCGUGUUUGUGCAAUGAGGCACAGUUAGGCUCUUGUGUAAGCUCGGCGCAGAGAGGAGGAGGCCUUUGACAGUUUCUGGACUGAUGGCUCCGGAGUGACAUGCCAUGGCUUUAAUGAUCCCCCCGGUGAAACUGAAAUGGCUGGAGCACCUAAACAGCUCAUGGAUCACGGAGGACAGCGAGUCGAUAGCCACACGGGAGGGAGUUACGGUGCUCUACUCGAAGCUGCUGGCCAACAAAGAGGUUGUGCUGCUGCCCCAGCAGGUGCUGUGUCUGAAGGGUCCCCAGCUUCCGGACUUUGAGCGUGAAUCCCUCUCCAGCGAUGAGCAGGAACACUACCUGGAUGCUCUGCUCAACAGCCAGUUGGCCUUGGCCAAGAUGGUCUGCUCUGACUCCCCCUUCGCAGCUGCCCUACGCAAACGCGUGCUGGUGCUCCAACGCAUCUUCUACGCGCUUUCCAACAAGUACCACGACAAGGGAAAGGUCAAGCAGCAGCAGCACUCCCCGGAGAACAACUCGGGCUCGGCUGAUCUGCACUCCGUCAGCGAGCGGCCGCGCUCCAGCACCGACGCGCUCAUCGAGAUGGGUGUUCGCACGGGCCUCAGCCUCCUUUUCGCUCUGCUGCGGCAGAGCUGGAUGAUGCCUCCUCCGCCCAGCCCCGGAGGAGGUCCCGGCGGCAAUAUAAACUUGUGUAAUGAUGUCAUUCACACAGCCAUCGAUGUCGUUAGUUCCCUGCCGCCCCUCUCUCUGGCCAACGAGAGCAAGAUCCCACCGAUGGGCCUGGACUGUCUGGCCCAGGUCACCACUUUUCUGAAGGGAGUGACCAUGCCAAACUCCGGGGCGGAUAUUUUAGGGCGACGGCUCGCCUCUGAGUUACUUCUGGGGCUGGCUUCCCAGAGAGGUUCCCUGCGCUACUUGCUGGAGUGGAUCGAGAUGGCCUUGGCUGCAUCAGCCGUGGUCAGUACGAUGGAGCAGAGUAAGGUGCUACAGAACCAAGAGGGCCUCAUCGGCUAUGAUUGUUUCAUGAACAUCCUCAUGCAGAUGAGACGCUCUCUGGGCUCUUCAGCAGAUCGCAGCCAGUGGCGAGAACCCACACGGACCUCUGAUGGCCUCUGCUCAUUGUACGAGGCGGCACUCUGUCUUUUUGAGGAAGUAUGUCGCAUGGCAUCAGACUACUCUCGCACCUGUGUCAGUCCAGACAGCAUUCAGACCGGCGAGGCGCCUGUAGUGUCUGAAACCUGUGAGGUGUAUGUGUGGGGCAGUAACAGCAGCCACCAACUUGUGGAGGGCACACAGGAGAAGAUCCUGCAGCCCAAGUUGGCCGCCAGCUUCGCCGACGCGCAGACGAUCGAAGCAGGCCAGUACUGCACUUUCGUCAUCUCCUCCGACGGCUCCGUGCGGGCCUGCGGGAAGGGCAGCUACGGCCGCCUGGGCCUCGGGGACUCCAACAACCAGUCGACGCUCAAGAAGCUGACCUUUGAACCCCACCGCGCCAUCAAGAAGGUGUCGUCGUCCAAAGGCUCAGAUGGCCACACGCUGGCUUUCACCACGGAGGGUGAGGUGUUUAGCUGGGGUGACGGUGAUUACGGCAAACUGGGUCACGGGAACAGCUCAACACAGAAAUACCCGAAACUUAUCCAGGGGCCGCUACAGGGAAAGGUGGUGGUGUGUGUGUCUGCUGGCUACAGACACAGUGCUGCAGUCAGCGAGGAUGGAGAGCUGUACACGUGGGGUGAAGGAGAUUUUGGUAGAUUAGGUCACGGUGACAGCAACAGCCGAAACAUUCCUACCCUGGUUAAAGACAUCAGCAACGUGGGAGAGGUGUCUUGUGGUAGCUCUCAUACGAUUGCGCUGUCAAAGGAUGGACGCACCGUGUGGUCCUUCGGAGGAGGGGACAAUGGUAAACUGGGUCAUGGUGAUACUAAUCGGGUCUACAAACCAAAAGUAGUGGAAGCUCUUCAAGGAAUGUUCAUCAGAAAAGUGUGCGCAGGAAGCCAGUCGUCUCUCGCCUUAACCUCGACUGGACAGGUGUACGCGUGGGGCUGUGGUGCUUGUCUGGGCUGCGGUUCCUCUGAGGCCACGGCGCUCAGACCUAAACUUAUCGAGGAGCUGGCUACCACCAGGGUGGUGGACAUCUCCAUCGGGGACAGUCACUGUCUGGCCCUGUCACACGACAAUGAAGUAUACGCAUGGGGCAACAACUCCAUGGGUCAGUGCGGCCAGGGGAACUCCACAGGGCCGAUCACCAAGCCCAAGAAGGUGGUAGGUCUGGAUGGAGUCGCUAUCCAGCAGAUCUCAGCCGGCACUUCCCACAGCCUGGCCUGGACAGCCCUGCCCAGAGACAGGCAAGUGGUGGCUUGGCACAGACCCUACUGCGUCGACCUCGAAGAAAGCACCUUCUCCCACUUGCGUUCCUUCCUUGAGCGCUACUGUGACGGUAUCAACAGUGAAGUUCCUCCUCUCCCCUUCCCCUCUUCCAGGGAGCAUCAUAACUUCCUCAAGCUGUGCCUUCGGCUUUUGUCCAAUCAUCUGGCUCUGGCUCUGGCCGGGGGCGUGGCCACCAGUAUCUUAGGUCGGCAGGCCAGGCCGCUGAGGAACCUGCUCUUCAGACUGAUGGACUCCUCGGUGCCAGAUGAGAUUCAGGAGGCGGUGAUUGAGACUCUGUCGGUGGGGGCGACCAUGCUGCUGCCUCCGCUGAGAGAGAGGAUGGAGCUUCUUCACUCGCUGCUGCCUCAGGGCCCCGACAGAUGGGAGAGUCUCUCUAAAGGACAGAGGAUGCAGCUAGACAUCAUCCUGACCAGUCUGCAGGAUCACACCCACGUGGCCUCGCUCCUGGGUUACAGCUCUCCCGCUGACGGCCCGGAGGUACUCUCCUCUGGUCCGGGAUUCACAGCUUCCCCGGACCCCAACUACAACACCGCAGCCGGCCACCCUGACACCCACCUGGCUGAGAUCCUGAUGAAGACGCUGCUCAGGAACCUGGGCUUUUACACCGAUCAGGCGUUCGGUGAGCUGGAGAAGAACAGUGAUAAGCUGCAGCAGGGCAUGUCCUCCUCCGACAGCAGCCAACCAGCGCACCUCCACCAGCUCCUCUGCUCCCUGCAGAAGCAGCUGCUCGCAUACUGCCACAUCAACUCUGUCACCGAGAACUCCAGCAGCGUGGCUCUGCUCCACAAGCAUCUGCAGCUCCUGCUGCCUCACGCCACAGACAUUUUCUCCCGCUCAGCCACUUUGAUUAAAGAGAGUUCCUGGAACGGCAGCAUACGAGAGAAGCUGCAAGAUGUGAUCUACGUGUCGGCGGCGGGCAGUAUGCUGUGUCAGAUCAUCAACUCGUUGCUGCUGCUUCCCGUGUCGGUGGCGAGGCCUCUGCUCAGCCACCUGCUGGACCUGCUGCCGCCUCUGGACCGCCUCAACAGACUGCUGCCUGCUGCCUCCCCUCUGGAGGACCAGGAGCUGCAGUGGCCUCUUCAUGGCACCUCGGACUUCGCUGAGCCAGCCUCAGGAAUGUCCCUGCCGCAGCCGGCGCUCUCCUGGGUGUGGCUCGUCGACCUGGAGAGGACGGUCGCCCUGCUGGUCGGCCGUUGCCUCGGCGGGAUGCUGCAGGGAGCCCCCACCUCGCUGGAGGAACAGGACACUGCUUACUGGCUCAAAACCCCCCUCUUCAGCAACGGCUUGGAGAUGGACAUCCCACAGCUGGACACUUGCAUCAGCUCAUUGUUGGAGGCGGCACUUUCUGGUAAUGAGGAGCAGAAGCCCUUCGACUGCACGCUGCAUCCUGACUUGAGUGUCCUGGUGGCUUUGGCUCUGGGUUCCACUAAAGAACCUGCCAACAGCCUCUGGAUCAACAUGCAAGACUAUGCCAUCAGCAAAGACUGGGACAAUGCGUCUCUCAGUAAUGAGUCCCUGUUAGACACUGUGUCCAGGUUUGUGUUGGCAGCCUUAUUGAAGCACACGGGGCUGCAGGGCCAAGCCUGCGGCGAGGGAAGGUACCAGCCGUCUAAGACCCUGGCUGAAGUCUAUCGCAGUGUUUAUAAAGUUCGAAACCGCCUGCUGGCCUGUAAGAAUAUGGAUUUCAUCCAGACCAGAUCCUCUUCGCGUGAGAGGAGGAUCUCAGACAAUCAGGACUCUCUGGACAUGGACCCUCAGGAACACUCGUUCACACGCACCAUCGAUGAGGAGGCAGAGCUGGAGGAGAGAGCCGACCGUGAGAGAGAGGAAGGCCAUCAGGAACAAGACGAUGACGAGGAGGACAGGGAACACGAAGUGAUGACGGCUGGAAAAAUUUUUCAAUGUUUCCUCUCAGCGCGGGAGGUGGCUCGCAGUCGGGACAGAGAGCGGGCCAGCAGCAGCAGCACAGGCCUGGGCUCCGGCUCUGUUUCCAGGAGUGGAGGAGGAGGAGGAGGAGGAGGAGUAGGAGGAGGAGGAGGAGGAGGCGCAGGCACAGAGGAGGACGCCAUUCUGUCUCAGGAGGGGAGGAGGGGCAGUACGGGUCUCCCAGAGGGUCAAGACCUGUACACGGCAGCCUGUAACUCUGUGAUUCACCGCUGUGCCCUGCUGGUGCUGGGGGUGAGCCCUGUACUGGGAGAACUGACCAAGCAGAACCAGGAAGAGGGUCAGACCCAGUCGGCUACAGGAACGCAGGAGUGUCUGAGCUUCAUGACAAGGAGUGAGAGUCUGAGCGCAGAGAGCCGCUCGGUGCAGAGCAGCCCCAGCUACAGGCUGAUGAAGUCCAGGAGCGAGUCUGAUCUCUCCCAGCCCGAGUCAGAUGAAGAGGGCUACACUCUGAGUGGACGGAGAAACGUCGACCUUGACUUGGCGUUCUCUCACAAAAAGAGAGGCUUACUUCACAGCUCGCCGGACUCCCUGGCCGAGUCCUGGUUCCGGGCUAAACUGAGCCGCCAGCGGAGCUACAGCUCGGCGCACUCGUACGAAGAGUCGGACCUGGACCUGAGCCGCUCGCUGGGCAUCCACGCUCUCAUCGACAACAUGGUCAGCUUCAUCAGCGGCGACGUGGGCCUGGCUCCGGCAUUCAAGGAGCCAGAAGAAAGCAUGUCCACCAGUCCGCAGGCUACUAUCCUGGCUAUGGAGCAGCAACAGAGCAGGGCAGAGCUGCGGUUGGAAGCGCUUCACCAGAUUGUGGUGCUGAUCUCUGGCAUGGAGGAGAAGGGGGGCAGCCAGCCCGGGAACGCAGAUCGGUCCAGCGGUGCCUUCCAGUCCUCGUCCCUGCUCACCUCCGUCAGGUUGCAGUUCCUUGCAGGUUGUUUCGGCCUCGGCACCGUGGGCACCGGAGGGCUGAAGAGGGAGAGCGUGCAGCUGCAUCAUUAUCAGGAUGGUGUAAAAGCAGCUAAGAGGAGCCUCCAGAUGGAAAUCCAGACAGCUGUUCAUAAGAUCUACCAGCAACUGUCUGUCACACUGGAGAGAGCGCUGCAGGCAAACAAGCACCACAUCGAAGCCCAGCAGCGCCUCCUGCUGGUGACCGUGUUUGCACUGAGCGUUCGCUACCAGCCGGUGGACGUCUCCCUGGCCAUCUCCAGCGGGCUGCUCAACGUGCUCUCCCAGCUCUGCGGCACAGAGACCAUGCUGGGGCAGCCCCUCCAGCUGCUACAGAAACCCGGAGUGUCCCAGCUCAGCACCGCCCUGAAGGUGGCCUCCACACGGCUCCUGCAGAUACUGGCCAUCAGCACCGGCACAUACGCUGACAAGCUGAGCCCCAAAGUUGUCCAAUCUCUGCUGGACCUGCUCUGCAGUCAGCUGAAGAAUCUGCUGUCUCAGGCCGGAGUUAGUCUUCUGUCUGCCGGGAAAGACCAAGAGGACAACAAACACGAGGACGGUGCAGACUCUGAAAAGAAAGACCUCAGAGCUUUGCUUCGUAAGCAGCACACGGCUGAGCUGCACCUCGGAGACUUCCUGGUCUUCUUAAGGAGAGUGGUGUCUUCCAAGGCCAUCCAGUCCAAGAUGGCCUCCCCUAAAUGGACUGAAGUGCUUCUCAAUAUCGCUGCACAGAAAUGCUGCUCAGGGGUCCCUCUGGUGGGAAACCUGAGAACUCGUCUUCUGGCUCUUCAUGUUCUGGAGGCUGUGCUGCCUGCCUGCGAGGCCAAUAUGGAGGAUGACCAAAUGACACAGGUGGUUGAGCGGCUCUUCUCUCUGCUGUCUGACUGCAUGUGGGAAGCUCCCAUCGCUCAAGCCAAACACUCGAACCAGAUUAAAGAAAAAGUCCAGGAACUCAAACUCCAGGGAGAGGCAGAGGAGGAGGACGAGAACCUUCCCAUUCAGGAAGUGUCCUUUGACCCGGAGAAGGCUCAGUGCUGUGUGGUGGAAAACGGCCAGGGGCUGACGCAUGGCAGUGGGGGUAAAGGCUACGGCCUGGCCUCCACUGGUAUCUCCUCCGGAUGCUACCAGUGGAAGUUUUACAUCGUGAAGGAGAACCGAGGCAAUGAGGGCACAUGCGUGGGCGUUUCACGAUGGCCCGUGCACGACUUCAACCACCGCACCACGUCAGACAUGUGGUUAUACCGAGCGUACAGCGGCAACCUCUAUCACAACGGGGAGCAAACGCUGACGCUAAGCAGCUUUACUCAGGGAGACUUCAUCACCUGCGUCCUGGACAUGGAGGCCAGAACCAUUUCCUUUGGCAAGAACGGAGAGGAGCCAAAGUUAGCCUUUGAGGACGUUGAUGCAACCGAGUUAUAUCCCUGUGUGAUGUUCUACAGCAGCAACCCAGGAGAGAAGGUUAAGAUCUGUGACAUGCAGAUGCGGGGAACACCUCGAGACCUCCUACCCGGAGACCCGGUUUGCAGCCCCAUGGCCACCGUGCUGGCCGAGGCCACCACACAGCUGAUCCGGAUCUUACACCGCACGGACCACUGGACUCAACGUAUCAACAAGACCAUGGUCGAACGGCUUCACAAGAUCAAGCCUUGCUUCAGAGAGCCGGCCGGCGCAUCUAGCGGCGGCGGCGGCGGCGGCGGUCAGAGGCUGAAAAAGAGCCGCUCAGUGCAGAGCCGCGAGGAGCACGACGCCCAGCGGGAAAGCCAAGAAACCCCCACGAGGACGGACGAGGAGAGAGGACGCCACGGACGGCAGCACGGUUUGGGGGAGCUGUCGGAGCACCACCUGAGAACGCUCUGCACAGAGGUGUGGCCGGUCCUGGCGGUGAUCGGCGGGGCGGACGCGGGACUCCGUGUCGGCGGGCGGUGUGUGCACAAGCAGACCGGGCGGCAUGCUACUCUGCUGGGCGUGGUGAAGGAAGGCAGCACCUCGGCGAAGGUGCAGUGGGACGAGGCGGAGAUCACCAUCAGCUUCCCAACUUUCUGGUCACCUAGUGACACUCCGCUAUACAACCUGGAACCCUGUGAGCCGCUGCCCUUCGACGUGGCGCGUUUCCGCGGCCUCACCGCCUCGCUGCUGUUGGAUCUCACCUACCUUACCAGCAUCCACGAGGAAACCGCCGCUAAGCUCAGCGCGCGUCGCCACGACAAGAAGCAUCGCAACGCGGCCUCGACCGGGCACGAGCCGACCGGUAACGAAGACAAAGCGGACAACGAGGGGCACAACCGUAACGAACCGAAGGAUAACGUCGGAGCCUCGUCUGGAGCGGCUCCGAAUACCACGACCUCUGACCUGCGUGUGUCCCACAGCCUGGAUGAGGUCAAAGCACACGUGGCGCCCAACUCAAAGUCAGAGAGCGAGAUCUCCUCUGUGGUCGGCGGUGGGGUAGGUGGGAGCGAGACCCUUUUCUCCGCAGCUCCUCACACUCCCGCCGAGGGGAACAGGAAGAAGGGCCACGAGCACGGCACCCGCAACCACGAGCCCACGUCUGCCUCUGUCGCCACCCAAUCAGAGAUCCACGCCGUGCAGCUGUCCUACCUCUACCUGGGAGCCAUGAAGACCCUCAGCGCGCUGCUUAGCUGCAGCAAGUACGCUGAGCUGCUCCUGAUACCGAAGGUGUUACCGGAAGCAGCACCCAGCGGGCACAACGCUGAUCUAAAUGCCAGCACCAGUGGGAGCACAGCUGCCACCUCGCCAGUGUGCCAAGAGGAGGUGGAGAUGCGGGCGGCGCUUCAGUUUCUAAUGCGCCAUAUGGUGAAGCGGGCGGUGAUGCGCUCCCCCAUCAAGCGGGCCUUAGGCCUGGCAGACCUGGAGAGGGCGCAGGCCAUGAUCUACAAACUAGUCGUCAACGGACUGCUGGAGGAACCCAGUGGGGGAAAAGCCAAGCCUGGAGUGAGAAGUGAACCAGAGGGUGAGGGGGAAGGCACAGAGGGAGAGCAGUUGGCACAAACCCCAGUCACCACCAGCCCCUCCGCCUCCAGCACCACUUCCUUCAUGAGCUCCUCGCUGGAGGACACCACCACCGCUACCACACCUGUCACCGACACAGAGACCGUCCCUGCCUCGGAGUCGCCAGGGGUCAUGCCUCUCAGCCUCCUCAGGCAAAUGUUCUCCAGCUACCCGACCACCACCUUGGUUCCCACCCGUCGAGCCCAGACGCCUCCGGUUUCGUCUCUGCCAACAUCUCCAUCAGACGAGGUCGGCCGCAGGCAGAGCCUCACCUCCCCCGACUCCCAGCCCACCAGACCACAGAACAGAACAGGUACCUCUCUGUCAGACCCCAGCAGCAGGCUGUCAACGUCUCCCCCUCCUCCCGCCAUCGCUGUGCCCCUGCUGGAGAUGGGCUUCUCCCUGCGCCAGAUCACCAAAGCUCUGGAGGCAACUGGCGCUCGAGGAGAAGCAGACGCUCAGAACAUCACGGUGCUCGCCAUGUGGAUGAUAGAGCAUCCAGGUACAGAGGACGAGCACGACGAGCCUCACACCAGAGGCAGCGGCGUCGGCAGCGGCGUCGGCAGUGGCGUUGGCGUCGGCGGCGAUGGAUCUGACUCGUCCUGUCCGGGUGCGACGGCGUCCGCUGGAGGCAAAUCUCUGGACAGGAGCUCGUAUCUGUGCUCACCCGGAGACAUCGCCAGCGCUGACGCUUCAGAAAUGGAGGAAGGCUUCAGUGAGAGUCCGGAGGGUCUGGAGCAGGACAGCGCAUCAGCCUCCAGCGGCGCUCCUCUCAGAGGCCGCUCUGCUGUCGGUAGGAAACAUCGUUUUGAUCUGGCUGCACGCACACUGUUAGCCCGCGCUGCCGGACUGUACCGCUCAGUGCAGGCCCACCAUAGCCAGUCACGUCGGGAGGUCUCAUCCCUCCAGCAGCAGCAAGACCCUGGAGCCCUUUAUGACUUCAACCUGGAUGAGGAGCUGGAGAUGGACCUGGACGAGGAGACGAUGGAGGCCAUGUUCGGACAGGACCUUGCCAGUGACACCGACAUUCUGGGAAUGUGGAUCCCGGAGGUACUGGACUGGCCAACAUGGCAUGUAUGUGAGACAGACGAUCGAGACGAAGUGGUGGUGUGCGAGCUGUGCGAGGCCAACGUCGCCAACUUCAAUCAACACAUGAAGAAGAGCCACCCGGGCUGCGGCCGCAGCGCCAACCGGCAGGGCUACCGCAGCAACGGCUCCUACGUAGACGGCUGGUUCGGAGGGGAGUGCGGCAGCGGAAACCCCUACUACCUGCUGUGUGGCGCCUGCAGAGAGAAGUACUUGGCCAUCAAAAGCAAGGCUAAAGUCCCCAUUGUGGAGAGAUAUAAAGGACAGGCUCCUGACCUCCUGGGAAAGCAGGACAGUGUCUAUGAAGAGGACUGGGACAUGCUGGAUGUGGACGAAGACGAGAAGCUGACGGGGGAGGAGGAGUUCGAGCUUUUGGCCGGCCCGCUGGGUCUGAGCGAGCGCAGGAUCGUCCCUGAAGCUGUCCAGUUCCCCGACAGCGACCCGCUGGGAGCCUCCGUAGCUAUGGUGACAGCCACCAACAGUAUGGAGGAGACCCUGCUGCAGAUAGGCUGUCAGACCUCGGUGGAUAAGAGUUCGUCAGGCAGGGUGACCCUCGGGGAGCAGGCCGCAGCCCUGCAGAACCCACAUGACCGAGUGAUGGCGCUGAGGAGGGUGACGGCUGCAGCCCAGGUGCUUCUCGCCAGGACCAUGGUGAUGCGAGCCCUGUCCCUGCUGUCUGUCAGCGGUUCGAGCUGCAGCCUCGCGGCAGGUCUGGAGUCUCUUGGUUUGACUGACAUCAGGACUCUGGUCAGGCUGAUGUGCUUGGCGGCAGCGGGCCGAGCCGGUCUUUCCACCAGUCCUACAGCGGGCUCCGGCCACACUGAAAGGCCCCGCGGGGCCGCCAAGGCGAGCAAACCCAUCUCCUGUUUGGCUUACCUCAGCACAGCAGUGGGCUGCUUGGCCUCCAACAGUCCCAACGCCGCCAAGCUGCUGGUGCAGCUGUGCACUCAGAACUUGAUCUCAGCAGCCACAGGCAUGAAUCUCACCACGGUUGACGAUCCGAUCCAGCGGAAGUUCCUGCCCAGCUUUUUGCGCGGCGUUGCCGAGGAGAACAAGCUCGUCACCUCACCCAAUUUUGUGGUCACACAGGCUCUGGUGGCCCUGCUGGCAGAUAAAGGGGCCAGACUCAGGCCUGCUCAUGACAAGGCUGAUCUGGAGAAAAGAGGUCUAAUUGCGCAUUUGUAUGCCCAUCCUUCCCAUAAUCCCUCCGCUGUAGGCCCUCUGGAACUGGCCAACGCUCUGGCGGCCUGCUGUCUGUCCUCCAGACUUUCCUCGCAGCACCGUCAGUGGGCCGCUCAGCAGCUGGUCCGCACGCUGGCCGCCCACGACCGCGACAACAACCAGAGCCGGCCGCAAACCUUCGCCGACAUGGCGGGUGAUCUGCGAAAGUGCUCCUUCAUCAAGCUAGAGGCUCACCAGAGCAGGGUCAUCACAUGUAGUUGGUGCAGUAAGAAAGGCCUGCUGGCUACUAUUGGGAACGAUGGGACAGUCAGAGUGUGGAAUGUAACCAAGAGCCAGUACACUCUCCAGCAGACCUGCAUCUUCAAUAAGGAUGAUGGUUCUUCAGAGGAGGGCAUGUCAGGGUUGGGAUCCCCCAGUGAUGUUUCCUUGUCUCCUCUGUCCUGGAGCGUCACUGGAAAAUAUCUGGCCUCCGCUAUGGAAAAAAUGGUCAACAUCUGGCAAGUUAAUGGUGGUAAGGGCCUUCUGGACGUGCAGCCUCACUGGGUGUCGGCGCUGGCCUGGCCCGAAGAGGAAGCAGAGUCUUUGUGGUGCGGGGAGCCCAUGGACAUGCUGCUGGUGGGUCGGAUGGACGGAUCUCUGGGCCUCAUCGAGGUGCUGGACACCUCCAGUAUGCACCGCACCGAGCUGGAGCACUGCUACAGGAAAGACGUGGCAGUGAUGCACAUAGCCUGGUACAGUGAAGACAAGCCUUUCGCUGUGGGCUACGCAGAUGGCAAGCUGCUGAUUGGAUCCAAAGAGCCGUUAGAAAAAGGAGCCAUUGUGGUCAUUGAUGCACACAAGGAGUCAAUCACCAGUAUGAAGUGGAGUCCUACCGGUCAGAUUUUGCUGACUUGUGCCAAAGAAGAGACGGUGAAGCUUUGGGCCAGUCCCGACUCUCACUCUGACUCAGGCUCUGGCUGGUACUGCCUGCAGAGUAUAAGACAACCCUCCCUGGUUAACAGCGUGGCCUGGUGCAGCCUGCAGGGACGAGGACCGAAUCCCCUCAGCAUGCUGGCCAUAUGCUGCCAGAACGGUCUGGUCUCAGUCUGGACCGUUCCUCAGGUCAUCUCCAACUUCCCAGAAUCCUGUUCCUCUGAAUCAGAGGGAUGGUGGGAGAACGAAGCAAACCCUAAACUCAUGUCCUCCCGGUGGUCAGAAGGUGGAGCGACGUGCUUUUUCCAGCUGAAGGGCCACAUCACUCCAGUAAGAACGCUGGCCUUCAGUCCCGACGGUCUGGCUCUGGCAUCUGGAGGAGUGGGAGGCCUCAUGAACAUCUGGUCUCUGAGGGACGGAUCAGUCGUCCAGACGGUAGUAGCCGGUUCAGGGGCGAUCCAGAAUAUCGUCUGGAUCCCAGAUGUGGGUGUCGCCGUCUGCUCCAACAGGUCAAAGGAUGUGCUGGUUGUGAACAGCUCCAAAGAGUUCAUGGCGUCCAACCAUGUGCUGGCCACUUGCCGCACAGCUCUGAAGAAGCAGGGCGUAGUCGGCCUCAACAUGGCGCCCUGCAUGAGGGCUUUCCUGGAGAGACUUCCUGUCAUGCUGCAGGAGCAGUACGCCUACGAGAAGCCUCAUGUCGUCUGCGGGGAGCAGCUUGUCCACAGCCCCUACAUGCAGUGCCUCGCCUCCCUGGCUGUGGGUCUCCACCUGGACCAGCUCCUGUGUCGCCCCCCCGUGCCGCCUCACCUCCGACACUGCCCGCCGGAGUCUGGUACCGCUAUCUGGAGCGCCAGCGAGUGGGCUUGGUUGGACUGCUUCUCCACGACGGUCAAAGCUGCCGAGGCUCUCGCUCGAGGCGCCACCUUCCCCGAGUCGUUCUCCGUUCCUGACCUGGAGCCUGUGCCCAAAGAUGAAAUGGCUCUGCUCAUGGACAACAGUAAAUGGGCGUCUGGUAUGGAUGAACAGAUCAUGUCCUGGGCCACCUCCAGACCAGAGGACUGGCACCUCGGAGGGAAGUGUGAUGUGUUUCUGUGGGGUGCCGGGCGACACGGACAGCUGGCAGAAGCUGGUAGAAACAUCCUGGUGCCAACGACUGCCCCGUCCUUCUCUCAGGCACAACAGGUGGUUUGUGGUCAGAACUGCACCUUCGUGAUCCAGCCUAACGGGACGGUGUUGGCCUGCGGAGAGGGCAGCUACGGCCGUCUGGGACAAGGCAACUCUGACGACCUGCACGUCCUCACCGUCAUCUCAGCUCUGCAAGGUUUUGUCGUGACUCAGCUGGUGACAUCAUGCGGCAGCGACGGCCACUCCAUGGCUCUGACGGAGAGCGGCGAGGUGUUCAGUUGGGGAGACGGGGAUUACGGCAAGCUGGGCCACGGGAACAGCGACCGCCAGCGUCGACCCAGACAGAUCGAAGCCCUGCAAGGAGAGGAAGUGGUGCAGAUGUCCUGUGGGUUCAAACAUUCGGCGGUGGUAACAGCUGAUGGGAAGCUUUUCACAUUUGGUAACGGUGAUUAUGGCCGACUGGGUUUGGGAAACACCUCAAACAAGAAGCUACCAGAGAAAGUCACCGCGCUGGAGGGCUACCAAGUCGGACAGGUGGCUUGUGGUUUGAACCACACUCUGGUCGUCUCUGCUGAUGGAAUGAUGGUUUGGGCUUUCGGUGAUGGAGAUUAUGGAAAACUGGGACUUGGCAAUUCCACAGCCAAGUCCUCUCCUCAGAAAGUGGACGUUCUGUGUGGAAUCGGCAUCAAAAAAGUGGCCUGUGGGACACAGUUCUCUGUGGCUUUAACCAAAGAUGGCAAAGUGUUUACGUUCGGCCAAGACCGUCUGAUUGGCCUGCCAGAGGGCCGAGCCAGGAACCACAACCGUCCCCAGCAGGUGCCAGCUCUGUCAGGGAUCCACAUCCAGGAUGUGGCUGUAGGAGCCGAACACACUCUGGUUCUCUCCUCCACAGGAGACGUUUACACCUGGGGCAGCAACUCUGAGGGACAGCUGGGUCUGGGUCACACCAACCAUGUAAGAGAACCAACGCUGGCGACGGUGCUGCAGGGCAAGAACAUCCACCAGAUCUCUGCUGGACGCUGCCACAGCGCCGCGUGGACGGCUCCCUCCGUGCCGCCUCGAGCACCAGGCUCGUCGGUUCCUCUGCAGCUGGGUCUGCCCGUGGCGGUGCCUCCUCAGUACAGCGGGCUGAAAGAGGUGAGCAUCGAGGCGGUGAGGGCUCGUCUACGCCUCCUCUACCACUUCUCCGACCUCAUGUACUCCUCAUGGAGACUUCUCAACCUCAGCCCCAAUAACCAGAGCUGCACCUCCCACUACAACGCUGGUACCUGGGGGAUCGUCCAGGGCCAGCUGAGGCCCCUGUUGGCCCCUAGAGUGUACACUUUGCCCAUGGUGCGCUCCAUCGGCAAGACCAUGGUGCAGGGGAAGAACUACGGCCCCCAGAUCACCGUCAAACGGAUCUCCACGCGGGGACGGAAGUGCAAACCGAUCUUCGUGCAGAUCGCGCGUCAGGUUGUGAAGCUGAAUGCGUCUGACCUUCGACUGCCCUCGAGGGCCUGGAAGGUCAAACUGGUGGGAGAGGGAGCCGACGACGCAGGGGGCGUCUUUGAUGAUACCAUCACAGAGAUGUGUCAGGAGUUGGAGACGGGAGUGGUUGACCUGCUCAUCCCCUCCCCCAACGCCACAGCAGAGGUCGGCUACAACAGAGACAGGUUUCUCUUCAACCCGUCUGCGUGUCUGGACGAGCACAUGCUCCAGUUUAAGUUUCUGGGCAUCCUGAUGGGCGUGGCCAUCCGCACCAAGAAACCUCUGGACCUGCACCUGGCGCCGCUGGUGUGGAAACAGCUGUGCUGCAUCCCCCUGCUGCUGGAGGACCUGGAGGAAGUCGACCUCCUUUAUGUGCAGACGCUCAAAAGCAUUCUUCACAUUGAAGACAGCGGCAUCACCGAGGAUAAUUUCCAUGAGAUGAUUCCUCUGGAUUCGUUUGUCGGGCAGAGUGCAGACGGUAAGAUGGUGCCCAUCAUCCCGGGAGGAAACAGCAUCCCUCUCACCUUCUCCAACAGAAAGGAAUACGUGGAAAGAGCGAUCGAGUACAGGCUGCACGAGAUAGAUCGACAGGUGGCGGCGGUGCGUGAAGGCAUGUCGUGGAUCGUGCCGGUGCCGUUGCUGUCCCUGCUGACGGCCAAGCAGCUGGAGCAGAUGGUGUGCGGCAUGCCGGAGAUCUGCUGCGACGUGCUGAAGAAGGUGGUGCGCUACCGAGAGGUGGACGAGCAGCACUCCCUGGUGCAGUGGUUCUGGCAGACUCUGGAGGAGUUCUCCAACGAGGAGAGAGUCCUCUUCAUGCGCUUCGUCUCCGGACGCUCCAGGCUGCCCGCCAACACGGCCGACAUCUCUCAGAGGUUUCAGAUCAUGAAGGUGGACAGGCCGUACGACAGCCUGCCGACCUCUCAGACCUGUUUCUUCCAGCUGCGUCUGCCUCCGUACUCCAGCCAGGCCGUCAUGGCGGAGAGGCUGCGCUACGCCAUCAACAACUGCCGCUCCAUCGACAUGGACAACUAUAUGCUCUCCCGUAACGUGGACAACGCCGAGGGCUCUGAUACGGACUACUGACGCGGGCAGUUCCACACUCUGAAUACAUGACUGAGUCCCAGGAAUGAGCGGGCACGGACUGUCUUAUCACACACACACACACACACAAACACACAAACCCAGAGAUGCAUCGCCAUCACUGCACCAGUUGUAGGGAACUCCUGAGCAGAUGGGCCACUUUUUACUUUAAUUUUAUGUACUUUAAAACAGCACAAAGUUUCAUUUCUCCUUGUGGUUUAUUAGCAGUUUUUAAAUGACACGAAAAUCCACACGAGAAGUGCAUUUAGUGUUAAUUUUUUUUCCAUUACUCCACAUCCCAUUUUCAGGGUUUCUGCAUGGAGGUAUGUUUAUUUGUUUGGACAUGUGUAUAGAAUAUUCAAGCAGGUGAUGGAGGAAGAAAAAGGAAUAUUGUACAUUGUGUAAAAUGCUUCAUUAGGAAAAAUGUUUUGCAUAAUAUCCAUAUUUAUUGUUUUCAUUGCCUAUGCCGAGUUUCCCAAAGCAUACAAAAAAAAACAAAAAACAACAAUAAAUGCUGCAUAAUUGA